GUGGUUUUGUUUUCUUUCUGUUUGGAAAACUACGCUUCGGUGUUCCUUCUCACGAUCUAGAGGCUAGUUGAGGCGGUUUCACCCCUCAACCCCCACGCGGUCGCAAAGAUGGCUCUCCUCAGCUUUGUCACGUCGCAGAAUCUUGAGAAGCUCAGUGUUCUCCUUCAAUGGAAGCUUCUCGUAUUGGCCGCGAUCCCCGUUGCUGUGGUAUACUACUUCAGACGGACGAAAACCACACCGGGUAUCGACAUCAAACAGUACUCUCACUUCCCGCAGCCCGAAGAGGCUGACCCAGUGAGGGGUCAUUGGCCGUGGAUUGAGAAGUCCGCCGGUCUGGGUGAUCCUAGAAGAGCUUUUGACGAGAUUCUCUACGAACAGGCUGAGAAGCUUGGGUUCCCUCCCGUUUUAUUGGUGGACUGGCGCCCGAUCGAAAAGUUCCUUAUUCUUUUCAUCCUCGACAACGAGGUUGCCGAACAGGUCACCAAGCCCUCGAAGCAGUACAGUACUAGCGUGCCGAAGCACCCCGCCAUCCAGCAUCUGGCCCCUCUGGUCGGCGCACGAUCUCUCGUAACGACGGAUGGUGAGGAAUGGAAGGGACUGCGAAAGAGAAUUCUUCCCGGCUUUGCCCCAUCACAUCUUCUUGGUCUAGUGAAGGUCAUCUUGGAUAAGUCGGAGACCUUCAUCGAGCUCAUGGAGCAGAAGGCCGCCACUGGCGAAGAGUUUACUAUCGACGAGUACACCACAAACCUGGCCUUCGAUGUUAUCGGCAUUGUCACUUUUGACAUGGAUCUGAACGCUCAAAUCGAGGGCAAGCAAAGCGAGGUGUUACUUACAUACCGCGCCCUAUCGCAAGCCUUCAACAAGCGCAUCCCCGGCAAGAACUGGAUGCGCGAAUACUUCACCGAGAACGAACGCACCAUCAGACGUCUGGACAAGAAGCUUGACGGCAUCCUCAAGGAAGAGAUCAAGAAGCAGCACAAGGAGCUCCUGGCCGGUGCCGACACCACAUCUCGCAGUGUCGCCACCCUCAGUCUGCAAGGCAUCGACGUUCUGACCCCCGAGAUCCUCCAACAGACCAGCGACACUCUCCGCGGUUUCCUCUUUGCCGGCCACGACACGACGAGUAUUCUCCUGCAAUGGUGUUUCUACGAGCUUCACAGACGGCCUCAGUCUGCAAAGGAUCUGAAGGAUGAGCUUGACGAGGUCUUUGGCCCGGAUCAGAGCCCCAAGUCUGUUAUUGAGCAACUCAAGGGCCCCGAAGCUGGAAAGCUUCUGGCCCGCCUGCCUUACACCGACGCAGUCAUCAAGGAAGCCCUGCGCCUGCACCCUCCCGGAACAACAGCCCGCGUCGCGCCCCAAGGAUCCGGAACGACCCUGACCCUCCCCGACGGACAAAAGCUGGUCGUCGACGACCUCUGCGUGACCCCCAGAGCCUACAUCAUCCAGCGCCACCCCAAGAUCUUUGGCGAGACCAAGGAUGACUUCAUGCCCGAGCGCUGGCUCGGCGAGGAGGGCGCCAAGAUCCCAGACAGCUGCUUCAGACCCUACGAGAGAGGACCUCGUCGGUGCACCGGAUCCGAGCUCGCCAACUUGGAAGUUCGCAUUAUCUUGGCCUGCAUCGCGAGAUACUUUGAGUUUGUCAAGGUCGGACAGGGCGAGCUGGACCUGGAUGAGAAGGGACAGCCCCAGCUUGACGAGAAGGGUUUCUACAAGACGAAGUCUGUCAUGUUCUCUACUCACUUGGUUACCGCUAAGCCUGUCGACGGCAUGAAGGUCAAGGUCCAGAUCAAGGGACAACAAGCGUAAUCUCUCUCACAUGAUACCACCAAUGAAUCAAAACGCAGAUCCGAGAUACGACGACUCGACGGUCUGACGCGUUUGUCUAGACACGGCUCGUGGGGGGUAUCUGGAGCCGUCGUGCCCCAUUCCAAACCCCAUCUACCCUGUAUCAUAGAGAAUGCUUGACCCUGAC